ACUGCGCAUGCGGGAAGAUGGCGGGACUGGCGUCCUGAGUUGCGCGGUCACGGUGCUCUUUAGCCCGCCCGCGUCCCACGUCCCGGGGUCGCGUCUGGUCCGCCAGCCGGUCUAGUUAGGCGGCGCCUCUGAGCCGGCCAGGGGCCCGGUUCGUGCUUGACGACGCCCCCUUCUCCCCUCCCGCCCCCCCAGCCCCCGGGACCCGGCGUGUUGUGUUGGGGGGUGCGUCGUCCGAGCGGAGCGGGAGAAGGCGGGAGAGCUCUCGGGGGUGCGAGGCGAGGAGCGACUGGCCGGUCAGCAUGAGUCAGCAGCGACCGGCGCGGAAGCUGCCCAGCCUGCUCGUGGACCCAGCGGAGGAGGCGGUGCGCCGUCGCUGUCGCGACCCCAUCAACGUGGAGGGCCUGCUGCCAUCAAAAAUAAGGAUUAAUUUAGAAGAUAAUGUACAAUAUGUGUCCAUGAGAAAAGCACUAAAAGUGAAGAGACCUCGUUUUGAUGUAUCACUGGUUUAUUUAACUCGAAAAUUUAUGGAUCUUGUCAGAUCUGCUCCUGGGGGCAUUCUUGACUUAAACAAGGUUGCAACGAAACUGGGAGUACGAAAACGAAGAGUGUACGACAUCACCAACGUCUUAGAUGGAAUCGACCUGGUUGAAAAGAAGUCUAAGAACCAUAUUAGAUGGAUAGGAUCUGAUCUUAGCAAUUUUGGAGCAGUGCCCCAACAGAAGAAGCUGCAGGAGGAGCUAUCUGACUUAUCAGCAAUGGAAGAUGCCCUGGAUGAGUUAAUCAAGGAUUGUGCUCAACAGUUGUUUGAGUUAACAGAUGACAAAGAAAAUGAAAGACUAGCAUAUGUGACGUAUCAAGACAUUCACAGCAUCCAAGCCUUCCAUGAACAGAUUGUAAUUGCAGUUAAAGCGCCGGCAGAAACCAGAUUGGAUGUUCCAGCUCCCAAAGAGGAUUCUAUCACAGUACAUAUCAGGAGCACCAAAGGACCCAUUGAUGUCUAUUUAUGUGAAGUGGAGCAGGGUUCCCACUCAAGUAAUAAAACUUCAGACAGUGUAGGGACCUCUUCAUCCAAAAGCAAGCCUUUGGAGCACCCUCAACCUGAGAAAGAAGAAAAUCCUCCACAGCAAAGUGAAGAAGUGCUUGAAGUGAGCAACUGAUGGUGUUUGAGGGUCCAUGCAUUGAGUCUCUUGGACUCCUAUGUGGACGAAGAUACUCAGAGCAAUAAAUCAUCCCUGCCAUUUUCUCA